UUCAAAGAUCUCAAAAUAAAGGCCGAGCGUAGAGCAAAGUUGCUGCAUCAUGUAAUGUCGGAGUUCAAUGCCAUGACAAAGGAGUACGAAAUCUUAAAGACGGAGGCCACCACUUUGCAGGAGAAGAACAAUGAGAUGUACGACCAUAUCGUCGACCAGGACACGAGAAUAGACCAGUUGGAGCAAAACGUUCAAGUGCUUGAGGCAGAGAACAAUGAGCUGAGGCGAAGUCGCAUUAUCGACGCCUCAACAAAGCAGUAA